AUGGCGUCGUCUCCCAUAGUUGACAUCGGAGAUAACGUAAAUCGAAAUAAUAUGGGGUCGUUACCGGAAAUGAUGUUUGCUGCCGGAGAAGAGCCCGUCGGAGUCAGGGUUCUGACCUACCAAUCAUCUCGAGCGAUAAAACAAAUAAUCAAAGGGCUUGAUGAAGAAGAAAUACUCUCUAUACGGGCAUCGUCUUUUGGGAAGAUAAUCGACAUUGUAGAUAAGCCAUCGUUUUCGGGAAGAUUCGCGAGGUACAUGAUGUCAAGGCAGCUGAAGGUAAAGAAGAAGCACGAGGUGUGCUUUAGGUUUGCCGGACAGCCAAUUAGGUUCUCGCUGAGGGAGUUUGCUAUAGUAACUGGGCUUCCAUGUGGUACAUUUCCACCUAAAUGGAAGAUGAAGAUUAAAGAGACUAUUACCGAGAAGCCAUACUGGCCGUCGUUGUAUGGGAAAGUGGAGGUUGUGACUGUAGCUUCCGUAAUCAAGAUGCUCCGCCGAAGAACAGUAAGGGAUAGAGAAACCCGGAUUAAGUUUGCAUGUCUGGCUAUUCUCUCUUCUGUCCUGCUACCCACAAGCCUGAAUACGAAGAUCUCCAGAGAGCAUGCUGAGGCCAUUGAGGAUCUGGAUGACUUCUAUUCAUUCCCGUGGGGGAGAUGGGCGUACGAGAUGCUGAUGAAUAGUAUAAAAGAAAGAGAUGAGAUCUCACUGUCGCAAAAUACUAUUGCCGUGAAGGGCUUCGCUCUAGCUCUUCAGCUAGUACUGGUAGAAGCUGUACCCUCUUUAACAGAAGUAGUCCAAGAAACAUGUUCUUCUUCAGAAUCAGAAAGCGCGGACGAUGUUGAGGAAGGGUCUGAAAGGUCAUCAAAAAAGCAAACGCUAAGCCCUGCUCACGCCCGUAACCUCGACAAGAAAACUGAGGUGUAUGUGAAGAGCAUAAUUGAUGAAGAUCCAAGCCGACCAUUGGAUGAGAGUACGCUCGGGUGGUCUGAUGAUGUGGAAGAUGUUGGGGUUGACAAUCUAGUGAAGCUUAUAAAUGAAGGCUAUAAGUUUAGUGCCUCUAUGUUUAAAGGUGGAGCCACAAAGUCUGAUGUGGAGAGGAUGAGAGAGGAUGCAAAAGUACGAGGUAAAGAGAAGAAAAGUAGCAAAGCACCAGUGAAACCAACCGAUGUAGAUGGAGGAAAUUGUGAAGUUGCUGCUGUUUUGAUGGAUAUGAUAAAGCCGGAUCUGGAUAGGAUUGAUGGGAAUGUGUCAUCUACAAUGAGAGCCGUUGAUGAUAUGAUCACAAAGAUAGGAGUGUAG